AUCGACCAUGGUAGACUUCUCAACACAAUUCAAUGUGGACGUAAACUGGGUAGUGCACCAUUAUUGGUCGGUUCUCGUCCGCCUCCUAACGAUUCAUUGUGGACUCGCAUUAGGGAUCAAGCAACGAAAAUAAUUAUGGCCAAUGAUCCUGGUGUUUUAGUUUUGAUUGCCGGUGACAGGGAUUAUAGACCUUUAGUAAAACUAGCACUGCAACACAAUUGGCUUGUGGAGACAUGGUUUUGGAGUUCAGGAGUUUCCAGUUUUCUCAAGUCAGAUACGAUUUUUCGAUCUUUGGAUAAUUGUUAUCGUACCUUCUCAUAUGGAUUAGGUCCUGUUCUUAUUGAGAAAUACCACGUUCUUGAGGUUACUGAUAUUAACGCUAUUCAAAAUUUGAAGAACGAAGAUGUACUGGAAUGGUUUAAUAAUUUAAAAUAG